AAUGGGUAGAUCAAGUCUGAAGAUGUGAAGCAUCCUUGGACAUACAAAAUUUGUUUCAAGAGAAAUACUAUAGUUUUUGCAUGAUAUCAUCCUGUGAAUACAUGCUUGUUUCAGUUUAUUGUUUGUGGAAAAGCGACUGUGGAGCCUCUUGUGAUGGUAGAACUUGUACUCAAACUUUCCUGGAGAAAUGAACAAAGUUUCUUUGUUAUUUGAUGAAUAGUUUCUUGGAAAUAAAGAUUGCAAAUUUGCUUUCUCUGAAGAAGUUUGCUUAAGAGUUUACAUGCAUGAUUAUAAAAAAGGGUUAACCCUAUUCUUAUUCAAAAGAAAUAAAGGUACUAAUGCAAGAAACUAAAGUUCUUCUCAAAUGACAGUUAUUGGAAUUGCUUCAUUGUGUUAUGUCAGUGAAUGCUAUUUAUAUUGUACUUGGGGCAAGUUUCAUAGAUCUCCCUAACUUCUAUAGGAACCUUAAAAUUAAAAUAUAUAGCAUGAGGAAGCAUAAGGAUAUCUUGAAGGUACUUGUUUAUCUGACUUUUCUUUAGAACCAUAUAUCCUUGUGCAUUGCUGUCAUAGCUUACAUUGAAGAAUAACUAGGAGGAUAUGUGUGGAGAACUGUUAUCUAUAAUAACCACAGAACAUAUAUGUCUAUCAAUGAACUCAAAAACAAGUAAUGUUUUCCAUUAGAAUGAUGGGAAGAAUAUUAUGUAAGUAAACAUAAAUUUUAGCUUGAUUUAUGGACUCAGAUAUGAAAAAUGAAUAGCUGUCGUUAGUGUUUCUGUGUUGAUUAAUGGCCAUCCUAUUAUGCUUACCCUCUCAUGCCAUUUCAACUAUCUAAACCUUUGUAUUUGGCAAGUUGACUUCCUAAGCCAUAUGAUGUAUGUAGGUUGUGGACAAGCUCUAUAACACUUGCAUUGCACUAUCAUAUUAUGAAAAGCGAAGUUCGGCAAAGUGCAAACCCACUUCUCCUCCAAAAUUUAUUGAUUUCAGUUGGAUUCACUAGUACAUUCAUUAAUACAUUAAAGAAUUCCAUUUUUUCAUCUAGUUUUACCCAAAUCAAAUGUUAAAUGGAAGAAAUAUAUUUUGCAUGAUAGAGUUUUAAAUUUUUUUUUAAAAAAAAGCAGAACCCAUCAUGGCUUUUUUGAUUUUUUGCUUGACCUUUGGUUCAAUAUUGAACAAAAUACUUAGAGAGCUUGCAUUGAAUUCAGAUUUAGCUGGGAAUUUGUUGGGGAUGGGCAGUGGAGGGGAGCCUUUUUGGACUAUAGCAAAUGAAAUACAUAGAGUUUGGUUGGUCAAGAAAGAUUUAAAUGAAGGAAAUGAUCUAGGAAAGGAGAUGGAUGCCAAGAUCUUGGUGGCUUUAUUGGCAAUAGUGUUCCUAAAGUUCUUUUGGGUUGUGCCAAUGUGGACUGAAGGAGAUUUGAAAAAUAAGAUAUCUGGGCACUUCUGGACUAGAGGAUCAGCUGAUAAAAACAGAGUACUAGUGGAUCAAUUGAAGCAAUAUGGUGUAAUCAAAACAAAGAAAGUGGCUGAAGUAAUGGAGACUAUUGACAGGGGAUUAUUUGUACCUGAUGGCAACUCAGAUUACAUUGAUAGCCCUAUGCCAAUUGGCUACAAUGCAACUAUAUCUGCUCCUCAUAUGCAUGGAACUUGUCUGGAGCUAUUGAAGGAGCAUCUCCAACCAGGCAUGCAUGCUUUAGAUGUAGGUUCAGGGAGUGGGUACUUGACAGCAUGCUUUGCAAUGAUGGUUGGACUGCAAGGCCGUGCUGUGGGCGUCGAACACAUUCCAGAACUGGUUGCUUCUUCCAUUGAGAAUGUUAAAAGAAGUGCUGCAUCAUCAUUGCUGAAUGGAGGUUCCCUUUCUCUGCAUGUUGCUGGUUUGAAUCUUAAUGGUCUGGAUUUUAGUCCCCCUUCAACAUGUAGACAGGAAAAGAAAAUGCUAAAUGGACGGCAAGGUUGGCCAGAGCAGGCACCCUAUGAUGCCAUUCAUGUGGGAGCAGCAGCUGCAAAGAUCCCUCAACCGUUACUUGACCAGUUGAAGCCUGGUGGAAGGAUGGUGAUUCCUGUGGGGAGCUUCUUCCAGGAUUUGCAGGUGGUUGAUAAGAAGCUGGAUGGCUCCAUCAGCAUUCGAAGUGAAACAUCCGUGCGCUAUGUCCCACUGACAAGCCGAGCGGCACAACUACAGGGCUUUUGAUGCACAAAGUGCCUUCAACUCACAGAAGCUGGUGAAAAUUACUGGAGAGAUGAUGCCAAUGCAAAGUGUAGUAUGUCUUUGUUGAGUCUUUUGUUGUACAGUUCAGAGCGUUAUCUGCAGUUGCAAUGUUGCCUCUCAUGCAUUUGAAUCUGUAAUUGUCUUGUUAUCUUGUCCUUGUAAAUGGUCUUGCUAUGUUUCACUGUUAGGUUUACUUUAUACAAUUAUAUUGUUAUGAUGUUUUAUUAAAUCUUUACCACUCUGAAUUCAUCA